AUGAAGCUCUACAUGUUAAUAGCUGUGCUCAUCUUCCAGAACUUUUCGAUGCUGAUUCGCUCCUUACUUCUGGAAGAUUAUGGCGCACUUAUGCCUGCAGUAAUUUUUAUGCCUCUGCCUCCUCCAUCGACUUACAAGAACGCGAAGUCGCAAACAGUUUCCAUUAUCUUUCGCACGCUCGCUCUGGAAACUUCGCUUUUGAAAUAUUUGAUGCAUGACUGUGCCCCUGAUGCCAAACAAGUCUCUAGGGCUCUUUCUUCAAAUCACGCCGUUCCACUUUUCAGCGUCUACUCCGACGUGCGCAUCAAAAUCGCCCAUCAGUAUGAGGGACUCUGUAUUCGGCACUUCAGACAGAGCACACUGCACUUCUUCAAGAAAGGUAUCAUAUUCUUCCUCCAAAUUGAGCGGAUAGACGUGUACCAAGGUCAACGCUGUAGCCUAUUGUGUCUUCUGUCGGACGAUUACCAAGCUUCCGCUGAUAAACUACCAUUCAGCGAUUGUGUCAGCCACGUUUGGCUCUACCAGAACACCGACACCGGCCUGAGUGUGUCGGGAUAUCGACACCAUAGGGCAAUUUCAAACGUAAUGUCGUUGAUAAAUCGGUUUUCACUUGGCCAUGAGAACCUCGAUGGAUUAAAUCUGUACAAUAUCACAGCUCUGGCAAACAAAAAGCUGAUGCCGAACCUACUGGGUUCAGACAUUGCCCGCUUGAGCAAACUCUUCUCGAUGACUGACACCAAGAGACUGGCCAACCUCUGUAAGACGUUCACAGGUCUUGGCAAGGCGAAGCUAAUGACCAGAGAUACUAUAAGCAAAAUCGUCAAAGAUCCACUGGAUGUGAACCACUGGUUUGAGAUCUCACAGGUCGGUGACUCAGCGAGGUUCGAUCAACUCCUGUGUGGUUUGAUAGAGCAAGUUAAUCAGCCGGAAGAACUAGUAAACACGCUCUUUAAUUUGAUAGCAAGCGAUAACGCUGAAGAACUGUUCGCAGCUGAGAGAAAGACUAGCAGAGGAAGAUUUGUAAGAAGUUAAUG